GGGUGAACUUUAAUAUGAUUCCCAAAUCAUAAAAAAAACUGAUCGGUUAUAGCCACUUAAGUAAUGAAAUGGAGAUAACCUAUGUUGGCUACAUUAUAAACACAACUCUAUCUGGAAGGUCUAAAGUAUAUUAUUUAUUAUUUAUUAUUAUUUAUAAUAUUUAUUAAGCAAAACUGCCAGAACGAAUGUCUUUGUAAAAGGACAUAUAGUCCAUCAUUUCAGCUUGUGGAUUUCAGAAUGCCAUCUUAUGCUCCUAUUUGAAUGAAGGACCCUCCCCCAUCCAUCAGAGCAAAAUAUAAAACCUCUAGUCUCCGCUCACACACACACACACACACACUAUAGAUGCGCAGACGCAUGCAUACUGACGGUCUUGUGCGCACUGGGACAGUUAAACUGCACCCACUGAACUUGAACUUAAGACACUUAAGAUAUUAAGACAAUGUCUCUCCUUACAUUAAACUUAAGCAAUGCAACUUUGGAGAUAGAAGCCACCAGAGACGAACCCAGGAACGAGCAUUUAGCUCAAAUCGAGAUCGCGCUGCUGAGCGUCAUCUUUCUCUGCGCAUCAGCUCUGAACUUUGGUCUGCUGCUGGUUUUGUGGAAGAAGAGACAGCAGAUGUCCAGGAUGCGCGUGUUUGUGACCCAUCUCUGUUUGGCGGACCUGGUGGUCGCCUUUUUCCAGGUGUGUCCACAGUUGAUGUGGGACAUAACAGACCGUUUCAUUGGUCCUGACCUCGUAUGCCGUUUGGUCAAGUAUCUGCAGGUCGUCGGCAUGUUCGCCUCCACUUAUAUGAUAGUUGUGAUGACUCUUGAUCGUUAUCAGGCGAUCUGCAACCCUAUGGUUACUUUCCAAAGGCGGCGCGCGCGCUGGAACCUGCCCGUAUGCGUCGCGUGGCUCCUGUCGUUCGUCUUCAGCCUCCCGCAACUGUUUAUUUUCUCCAGGGUUCAGGUCGCCCCGGGUGUCUACGACUGCUGGGCUGAGUUCAUUCAGCCGUGGGGACCUAAAGCGUACGUGACGUGGACGACGUUGGUGAUAUUUCUGGUGCCCAUCGUAACUGUGACGGUGUGCCAGGUGCGCAUCUGCCGCGUGCUCCAGAUCAAUCUGUACCUGAAGACCCAGCCGCAACAGCAGCAGCAGCAAGGAGGUGAUGGCGGACACACGCACCCUCUUUCCUCCAGAACCAGCAACGUGGCAUCGGUGUCUAAGUCUCGGAUUAAGACCGUGAAGAUGACGGUGGUGAUCGUGCUCUCCUACACCGUGUGCUGGGCUCCGUUCUUCACCGUUCAGCUGUGGUCUGUGUGGGACGCGGAUGCUCCGACUGAGACUGUAACCUUCACCAUCCUCAUGUUGCUGGCGAGCCUGAACAGUGUUGCCAAUCCGUGUAUCUACCUGCUUUUCACCAUGAAGUCCCCCAGACUGUUGCGAAUUCUCCUGUGCAUGAAACACACAGACACGAAGGAGUCAAUGCCUGAGGAUGCUACGAUGGUCAGCUCUCUGUAUCUGAGCUUUAAAAGCCAAUCUGACAUACGAUGAUAAUGAAACAACACAAUACGUAUAUCCAAAUGCUAUGAACAUAUACCAUAUUAGUAUUCUUCAAACUACUUAGGAGUAUAAUGUAAAUAGAACAUGCAUAUGGUUCAACACUGUAUAUAUCACAGUACCACAUCAGCACAGUACUUUUGUGUAAAUUAAAUCACUAGGCAUCUGAUUGUGGAGUUGUCUCUAUAUAUUGAAGCAUAUCAAAUUCAGAAAAAGUUUUACAUUAAAUUAAUAUUAUGCUAAUUUACCUCUUGCCUACCCUCCACCACUGAAAUUUAUUUUUAAAAACUGGUCAGUCACUUAGUGAUUUUUAUUAUUUCUGUUAUUUAACUGUACAUAACAAGCAGGGAAUUGCUCACAGUGUGUACACAGUGGUGUACAAAAUACAGUGUCUUUAAAUACUGUGAAAAACAUCUCGCUGCUGGUGUGGUGUAUAUUGUAAUGAAAAUGCCUGUAAAUGUUCACUGUUAUGUGUAUCAAUAAAGUGCUUUACUUUUCUGAAACAUUUGGCAUUGCAAUCUAAAUGUCUAAAAGGUGUGUUUAUAAUUAGCUUGAAAAGGUGAGAUGUUAGAAUUUAAAAAAGCUGUUUUGUAUUUGAAUAUAAUUUCAAAUGUUAUUUGGACCAGCUUCGACCAGCUCCAACACUACAAAACUUUGGUUCAGGUUUGUUUAAAGGGGGGGUGAAAUGCUAUUUCAUGCAUACUGAGUUUUUUACACUGUUAAAGAGUUGGAU